ACACUUAACAGUUUGGGGCAUCUCAGCACCACAAAACAAGGGCUAGGUUUCCCCCUCUUCUCUGCUGUGUGCUGAGUUUGUUUUCUUUGGGUGGAAGACAACAAGGCUCUGUAAUAAUUAAACAGAGCAUUGGAUGGGACCUGCACUGUGGUCAGAGAUCAUUGAAGAGGGAGAGAAAGAGAGAGAUAGAGGGAUUUGGAGACUGUCUCAUUGUCUCAAGGCUUUGCAGAGGGGAGUGUGUGUGUGUGGAGGUGGAUGUGGGGGGAGAAAGCCCUGUAUUUUUGGAUGGCUGAUGGUCAAAGCUCUCACAGAGAGUCAUCUUGCACCCUUUCCAAGAUCGGCCACUCUUUGUGGAAAUAAUGGGAUUAUCAAAGCCAACUGCUUGCAGAGCAAUGCUGAAAUUCGCCCUCCUCUCAACUCUCCUUUGCUUCUACAAUGCACAGAGUGAACAAAGCACCAAUAGCCCUUCCUGCUAUGGGGGAUUUGAUCUGUACUUUGUCUUAGACAAAUCCGGCAGCGUUCAGCACCACUGGAAUGAGAUUUAUUUCUUCGUGGAUCAUUUGGCUCACAAGUUUAUCAGCCCCCAGCUCCGAAUGUCGUUUAUAGUCUUCUCAACCAGAGGCACGAUUCUAAUGGAGUUAACAGAGGAUCGGGAAAAAAUUCGACAAGGAUUGGAGGAACUGCAAACAGUGCAGCCUGGAGGAGAUACUUAUAUGCACGAGGGUUUUGAAAGGGCAAGUGAACAAAUCUACUACAGCAGCACGGAAGCAGGUUACAGAACGGCCAGUGUCAUCAUCGCGCUGACAGACGGUGAGCUGAUGGAAAACCUCUUCUACUAUGCCGAGCAAGAGGCUGAUCGGUCACGGACUCUAGGAGCGACGGUUUAUUGUGUCGGGGUCAAAGACUUCAAUGAAACCCAGCUGGCACGCAUCGCAGACAGCAAGGACCAUGUAUUCCCAGUUAAUGAUGGUUUCGAAGCCCUGCAGGACAUCAUUGACUCUAUCCUGAAGAAGUCGUGCAUUGAGAUUCUAGCUGCGGAACCCUCAAGUAUCUGUGCUGGAGAAGUAUUUCAAGUGGUUGUGAAGGGUAAUGGAUUCUCCCACGCCCGCAAUGUGGACAAAGUCCUCUGCAGUUUCAAGAUCAACGACACCUUCACGCUCACUCAGAAGCCUUUGGUUGUGGAAGACACCUAUUUGCUUUGCAUGGCACCGGUGCUGUGGGAGGUUGGCAGGGAGGUGUUCCUGCAGGUCAGCAUGAAUGAGGGCUUGAGCUUCAUUUCCAGCUCAGUUACCAUCAGCACCGUCCACUGUUCAGAUGGGACCAUUCUGGUGAUUGCUCUGCUGAUACUCUUCUUGCUGCUGGCUCUGGUUCUGAUGUGGUGGUUCUGGCCCCUGUGCUGCACUGUGGUUAUCAAGGAACCCCCUCCCCCGCCCUCCGAUGAUGAGGAGGAUUCGGAUCCAGACGGGCUGCCCAAAAAGAAGUGGCCAACGGUUGAUGCCUCAUACUAUGGGGGUCGAGGAGUUGGAGGGAUUAAACGGAUGGAGGUCCGCUGGGGAGAGAGAGGCUCGACAGAGGAAGGUGCCAAACUGGAAAAGGCCAAGAACGCCAGAGUUAAAAUGCCGGAUCAGGAGUACGAGUUCUCCGAGUUGGGAAUGCAGAAUAACGGAUCUCGCAGGUUACACUCCCCCAGGAAAUGGUACUCUCCCAUCAAGGGAAAGCUGGACGCCUUGUGGGUGCUGCUCAGGAAAGGGUACGAUCGGGUUUCUGUGAUGAGGCCUAGGCCUGGAGACAAGGGCUGUUGCAUCAAUUUCACAAGGGUGAACGCCAACAAUAACCCCUACAGAUAUCCCAUCUACAACAACAUGCCGCGGGCUAACGGUGGGCUGGCUCCCAUCUACUCCCCCGGCAUCAACUCCCCCAGCGGCAACUCCCCCAGCGCCAGCCCCCCCGCAUCAUCUGUGCCUUCCCCAGAACCGUCACCCACCCAGUCGACCUCUCCGUCGCCAAGUUCAUCACCGAGCUCCACCCUCCCCCCGCCGCCCGCCGGGCCCCCACCUACGCGGGCGCCGCCCCCAUCCCGCCCGCCUCCUCGCCCGUCUUUCUAGCCGCACGCCAUCAACCCUUCCGCCGAGCAGCUGACGGGAAGGGCGUGCGAAGGCGUACUGUGUGAAAGCCUCUCACGGGUGGUGAGGAAACUGUUCUCUCUCGUGUCAGUCUGUUGGGGGUGAAUCCCCGACCAGCCCAGCGGAACGUUACACCGCGAUAUCCUUUCUGAACUCGUGCCAGCUCCGACCGGCAGCCAUUCUCUUACAUGUGAUCGAUCAAUUGUCGCUUAGGAAUGCGUGAUGUAUUGAUACUUCACUGUUACCGUUUUACGCAGCAUAUUAUCCUAUUACACUUAGCUCGCUUAACGCAGAAUUGGGAUCUCGAGGCGAUAAAAGACGUUGGAUUUUGCCCCAGAAUGUUGAAGCAAUUGACGAGGCAGAGAAUCUCAAUAACACUGAUGUUCAUUGAUUUUCUGGCACUAUUGGUGUAAAGCUCAUUACUUUUGUGAAGGUUUUCUCCUGGUGUGCGCAGGAGAUUUGUUCCACUGCUGCCCCUGUCGGCUGAACCCACUGGGCCACAGGAGACAUCUUGCUGGGGAGAUAGGAAGGAAUAGCAACGUGGAGGUAAUUCAGGCCACUGCACUGAUAUCAACCCUUUUGAUCCACGUGCCUUAUACCUGAGUAACCGCUCUGUGACCUGAUCAGGCUCCAUCUUGACUCUGCCGUUGGCUUGUGAAGCACAGCCUCACCCCAUUUCCACCCGAUUGCCCAGAUGAGCACGUUCACCUACAAAAUACAGUCACUACAGUUCACAGUCAA